AUGUCUUCCUUUGUCGGUGUUGGAGUGGUGGGUGAAGCUUUGUGGAUUGAAGGUGAAAUGUCUUCAACAAACAAGGAGACUCCAGUUGCCUUGAUUCAACCCUUGCAAAUUAACAUGACCUGGAUGACUGAGAAGCGACACAGACAUACAGCAGGCUCGGCUUGUGUGCGAGGAAACAUGAGCAGGGUGACAUAUUCAGAGUCCCGGGCGGAGCGGCGCAGGUCGCCGGAUAAAGCUGCAGAGGAGCCGGAGCUCCGCGAGUUUGGGCACAAGACCUCCAGAGAGGAACAUGUGAGCGGGGAAUGGGCCAGAGGAGACGGGAUUAUUGCUCGACAGCGCGGACUGACUCAGGAAGAGCCCGGGACAGGAGAGACACUUGCGUACUGUGACGCGCCCGAGGGGAUAUUUUCAUUUUUACGCAACUCGGGGACUACCUGGCCGAAGAUGAACGCCAUCGUGUUUAACAAGCUGAGCGGACAGGUUCUGUUUGAGGAGAAGGCCAACGAGGUGGAGAUGAGCAGCAGAAAUUACUUGGAAGUCAUGGACGGACAACACCCGGACCUCCUGUCCAGCAAGCAGGCCAUCAUGGACAACCAGGCCAUCAGACACAGACGCAACGGGGGUCGUCCCGGAGGCAGCAAAGUGCGACACAAGCGUCAGGCCCUGCAGGACAUGGCGCGACCGCUCAAGCAGUGGCUGUACAAGCACCGAGACAACCCUUACCCCACCAAGACUGAGAAGAUCCUGCUGGCCUUGGGUUCACAGAUGACCCUGGUCCAGGUUUCCAAUUGGUUCGCCAAUGCCAGGAGGCGGCUGAAGAACACAGUGAGGCAGCCCGACCUGAGCUGGGCGCUCAGGAUCAAGCUUUACAACAAGUACGUUCAAGGCAAUGCUGAGAGACUGAGCGUCAGCAGCGAUGACAGCUGCUCAGAUGAUGGAGACAACCCUCAGAGGACCCAGAGUGGCGCCGUGGAGCUCACCAAGCCCAUGUACCAGAGUGUCAUUAAAAAGGAAGGCUCCGCCAUGAUGGGCAUGGCCAUGGGGAUGGGAGCGGGCCUGCGCUCGGCCACCGAAGCCGCCUCGCUGGCGGACGACUACGUGUCUCCGCCCAAAUACAAGAGCAGCCUGUUGCACCGCUAUCUCAACGACUCGCUGCGCCACGUCAUGGUGGCCAACGCUGUCAUUGAUGCUCGCAAGAGGAACCACUCGGGCUCCUUCAGCUCCAACGAGUAUGACGAUGAGCUGCUCUCGCCGACCUCUUCGGAGGCCGAGGCGAACUUUGUUUAUCGCGCUGAAACCACAGAGCAUGGACCAAGUAAAUAUGACAAUGGUGGCGUCAGAGCUGAACACAAGGUGAAGGGCAAAGAUGAGACGUACUGGAAGGAGAUCAAUGCCGCCAUGGCCUUGACUAACUUGGCGCAGGGGAAGGACAGUGCCCCCGGCACCACAAGCUGCAUCAUCCAAAAGUCUUCCCAUAUAGCAGAGAUCAAGACUGUUAAAGUGCCACUUGUGCGCCAUUAUUAGCUCCAAGCUGAGCCUCCUUACUCUAUGCAAACAUUCCUGUUUCGGCAAACUAUUCAUAAGAGAACUCCUUGAAAGGACAAAGAAACAUUUUGUUGGUUAAAAGUGUGUUCAGUAGGACUUCUUUUGCUGUGCUGACAUGCAAAAGUGAUCACAAGUUGUACUGCAGUAUUUCCUAUAACAAGACACUUUUUAAUAUUAACUUAUUUUUUGGAUGACUUUUUUCCCUAUUUUUUACACUAAAUGUGUAUUUUGCCAAAGUGACUUUUGCUCUAGUAAAGUACAGAUACUCGUAGUGCCUGUUUGGAAUUUGUGAAGGAUUAUUUGACAAUGUUUAGAGUCACUGUCGUGAUACAGGAAAUGGAAGUGUGCCUUCAAAGACCGAAUGAGGUCAUCAAUCAUUACACAAACAUACAUACACGCAUACAGACCGACAGACAUAUCGUGUGUUAACGCUUUGUUACAAAAUAACCAGUAAGUAAUUCCUUGAGGGUGUUCUAUGUAUUUUGACUGGAGUCCUCCGUUUGACUGUAAACUGAACCAUGUUUUGUCGGUGCUAGCAGCCCAACAAUGAACGUUGAGUACACAGAUAUGCGGCACUAACGUGAGCAACACAUCGAUAAGGAACUAAGGGACGCAUCUCAUCCUUGGAUUGUGCUUUAUUAGUGACGACGCUCCCUCUUAUCGGAACAAAACGUGCAAAUGCUGGACCCAAAUCAAGUUACACUCACACAUGCAGUGACACAAAUAUGCACACCCUACAAACUUGACCCCUGAUUAUAAAGGGAUGUUUUUUUAAAACAAAAAAUGUAUUCAUUAUCUGUGUUUUAAGUGGACGGCAUUGCCUUUUCACAUUUUUGUGCUCACAAAAAAGAUAUGUGGGGUGAAAAAAAUAAAAAACACGACAACCCCUGGCUCUGCUUCAUCCUCAGCUGUUUAGCAUUACAUUCAAAUUGGUGUUUACAAGAAGCCGGAGGACAAGCUUAAACAUUUGACUUUUUACCCUUUGUCUUUCUUUUUUUCUUUUCUUUUUUUUUACAUAUGUGCAUUGCAGUAGUAUCUCAGUUUAAAUAUUUUGUUAUUGCCAAUCUGUACAUUGGUGGUUGUUACAGUAUGUUUUUGAUCAGCCUUCUGUACUUGGUUUAACGUAAGCCUACCACAUUAAGAGCUUCUUUGACAUUUGAUGGAACAUACCAAAAUGUUCACAAAAGUUUGACAAACUCGAGAGGCUAAAGCUGACCCAUUUUUUUCAUGUGUUUUCUUCUAAAGAUCUAUAAGGUACUGUUUAUGUGUCAUUAGGAGAAUUCGGGCCGCAAUGAAAAGAAAAAUAAAAGAAUACGAAAAUAAUGAUUUUUUUUAAGAAAAAUCUUCAUAGUUUUGGGGGAAUUUUUAAUCUGAUGAUAUCUUUUCCUAUAUUUUAAUAUAUUGUAUUUGUAUUGUUAGAAACAAUUCCUUCAUUCACCUAGUCUGAGACCAGCGGCCACUAUUUAUCUCUCGAGACCUCCCACAUAUUAUUCGGAAUACAAAAAUGUGCACAUUCCCACGACUCGUAAUGAUGAUGGUGUUAAUUUCAUCCAUUCGUCUUUCACUCAUUUUGUUAUACCACUCAUCCUCAUUAGAGUCGUGGGUGAGCUGGAAAUGAUCCCAGCUGAGUUUGGGCAAGCGGCAAACCCUCGACUGGCCGCCAGCCAAUCGCAGGUGUUGAUUUCAUUGUCUAUGGAAUUUAAAACUUUACACGAUCCUCAGUUGUGGUAUACACAAGCCAUGAUUGUAAUGUUGUGAUGUAAUGUCUUUUUGUUCUCAAAAUUGAAGUCUGCUCUUGUAAAGUUAUAAUUUUAUUCUUGUAAUAUAUAUAUAUAUAUAUAUAUAUAUAUAUAUAUAUAUAUAUAUAUAUUCUUUUCAGUGUGGCCUCAAUACUCCAUCAUUUCAAAAUGUACAUUCCUUUGUAAAUUGUGCAGUUAUUUUUUGUUGUUGUUGUUGACAACCCAGACUGUGAUUAUGGUCAAGGAUUUAGGGGAGGGAGAGAUGCUGCACAAACUAACUUUUUGACCUUUCUAUACGAAUGUGCAAAUGGUUAAAAUGAUGCACUUAUAGACGUAUUGUCAUUUAAUCAGAAGCCUUCAUUGGGAACAUGCCUUAUUACAUGAAGUCAAAGAAAUGAACUCGAUGUUUUUCAUCUUAUCUUAUGGAUGUAUAAAGAAAUGAAUCACACUAGCUAACUCCGAGGCACUAUUUAUACAGCGGGGACCACAUGUGUUUUUUAUACACCUGACCCAGACAGGGUAGCUGCAGGGUAGCAGUUUGGACUGCUUGUGUUUCUAAUCACAACCCUCACACCUCACACGAUACCCACUCUCUGGGUGAACGUUGUACAAGGGAGGAGGCCUCUUUUCCAGUCUUUAUCUUGUUGUUGUUGUUGUUGUUGUUGUUCAAUGCUACUCACAGUCCAUCAUCAAAAGUGACACAAACAGAAGGGUUUCUACUGCCAAAACGUUGGUGCUGUACAUGCCUUUCUACAGGCUGAAUCCCAUUACAAAUGAAAGGCAACAACAUAUGUAAAGCCGAUAAAUUAUUAUUACCGACUUUGUAAAAACUAAGAAAUUGUGACCAGUGUUUUUUUUUCUACUGUUAAGUUAUAUGAAUUGAUUUCUCUUUUUGUCUAUUUGAUAGAGACUGGAUUUUUAAUCCAAUGACCAAAUGCAUAUCUCAUUGUAUUGUUUUAUUUCAUUUAUUUUAUAAACAGUUUUUACUUGGUCAAAGCAUUGAAUAAACCUCAGAAUAAAAAAAAAAAAAAAAUGGCAAAAUGCUUUUGUCACUGGUAAGGAAAUUCAGUAAUUUGUAUUUGGUCUCAUUUAAUUUAGAAUGACAUUGGAACAAAACAGUGCCACAAGAUUAGCUGAGACAAGUUUAUUUUUGUGAAUUAUCUACUUCUCAGUUUUUAAGUCAAGAAAAAAAUAUACUUGAAGUUGGAUCUACAAAAUUAAACUAGAUAUUCAUUCACCCAUCCAUUUUCUGUGCCGCUUAUCCUCACUAGGGUCGCGGGCAUGCUGGAGCCUAUCCCGGCUAUCUUUGGGCGAGAGGCGGGGUACACCUUGAACUGGUCACCAGCCAAUCGCAGGGCACAUAGAAACAAACAACCAUUCGCACUCACAUUCACACCUAAGGGCAAUUUAGAGUCUUCAAUUAACCUACCACGCAUGUUUUUGGGAUGUGGGAGGAAACCGGAGUGCCCAGAG